UUGCCCCCAGUAGUGAGUUUCCUGCUGUAAGACCCCCUUAGUAAGUUCAUGCCUCCCUGUAUGUGGGGGUCUCUGGAUGACUGAUCACCUGAGAGCAGAUCUUCACUGAUCAGCAGGAGGAGGAGGGUUGUGCUCUGCCCCCUGCAGGGAUGAGACUCUCAUUGUUCACUUGUUAGCAGGGGCACCGGCAGCAGCAUGGACUCCUCUCUACUCCUCUGAUAUUUGGGGCCGAUCCCUUGGAUAUAAUGGAUGUUACCAUCUCCCAGCUCCUGGACCUGUUCCUGGAGAGUCCGCUGGUCACGUGGGUGAAAACCUUCGGACCGUGCGGGAACGAGAAUGAGAGUAAACUGGCGACAUACAUGGAUCUGGUGGACGGCGUCUUCCUCAACAAGAUCAUGCUGCAGAUAGAUCCGCGACCGUCCAACCAGCGAAUCAACAAACAGGUCAACAACGACAUCAACCUGCGGAUCCAGAACCUGACCAUCCUGGUGCGACACAUCAAGACCUACUACCAGGAGGUUCUGCAGCAGCUGAUUGUGAUGACUCUGCCCAAUGUUCUGCUGAUCGGUAAAGACCCCCUGACAGGGAGAAGCAUGGAGGAGCUGAAGAAGAUUCUCCUGCUGAUGCUGGGCUGCGCCGUGCAGUGUGACAGGAAAGAGGAGUAUAUCGAGAAGAUCAAGCAGCUGGAUAUCGAGACGCAGGAGGGAAUCGUAUCGCACAUCCAGGAGGUCACCCACAACCAGGAGAACGUGUUUGAUCUACAAUGGCUGGAUCUGCCGGACAUGGCCCCCGAGGAGCUGGACUCUCUAUCCCGAAACAUGGCGGUCCACCUCAAGAGGCUGCUCGAUGAGAGGGACGACUGUAAAGAGGUGAUCGUAGAUCUCACCCAGGAGAGGGAUUACCUCCAGUCUAUGAAUCCACCCAGUCCAGUCAAGUCCUCCAGUCCAGAUUUGUCGUCCAACGUGAUCAGCCAUUUAUCCACAGAGGACAAGCAGCAUUUGGCUGUGGAGCUCGCGGACAGCAAAGCCAAAGUGCGACGUUUACGGCAGGAAUUGGAAGAAAAGUCUGAGAUUCUCUUGGACACUAAACAUGAAGUGGAGAGACUCAGCCUGGAGAUCCAGAGGCUCAAACAAGAGAACACCCAGCUGGGGGUAGAGGCUCGCACCGCGCGCACGUACCGGGACGAGCUGGACUCGCUAAAAGAAGCCGCGAGCAAGGUCGACCGCCUGGAGAACGAACUCAUCCGCUGCCGGGAAAAACUUCACGAUGUGGAAUUCUACAAGGCGCGGAUGGACGAGCUGAGAGAAGAUAAUCUCAUCCUCAUCGAGACAAAGACUCUACUGGAGGAGCAGCUGGAGGCGGCGCGCGCCCGGACCGACAAAGUGCACGAGCUGGAGAAGGAGAACCUGCAGCUGAAAUCCAAAAUCCACGACCUGGAGCUGGACCGAUUCUCGGACAAGAACCGGAUCGAGGAGCUGCUGGAGGAGAACAUGAUGCUGGAGAUCGCGCACAAGCAAAGCAUGAACGAGUCGGCUCAGCUGGGCUGGGAGCUGGAGCAGGCGUCAAAGAGCAGCGAUCUGUCCGAUGCCAGGAAAUCUUUUGUGUUCGAGCUGAAUGAGUCGGCGUCCAGCCGCAUCCUGAAGCUGGAGAAGGACAACCAGAGCCUCCAGCAGAUCAUCCAGGAGCUCCGAGAGGCCUCCAUCAGCCUGGAGGAGAGCGGCCUGAGGAGCCAAGAACUGGAGAAGGAGAACCAGCAGCUCAACGAGAAGAUUGAAAACCUAAACUCUCAAAUUGAAAAGGAAAAGCAGAGCAGCGCCGACCUGGAGAGUCUGGGGGAAGAUUUACUGAAGGAGAAGGAGAAGCUCGCCCGAAUUCUGGACAGCGUGAAAUCGGAGAAGGAGAAGCAGAUUAAGGAGCUGGAACAGGAAAAUAAACACUUGUCGCAGGCGAUGGCGGCUUUACAACAAAGGGCCCAAGAAAGUGCAGAUUCGAGAGUCAAAGAAGUUGAGAUGGAAAACCAGAUGCUCCAUGAAACCAUCACAGAGACCAGCAGUAAGCUGAAUGAAGCGGAACACAAGAAGAAGCAGCUGCAGAAGGCGUACGACCAGGUGAAGGACAAGGUGGAGCAGGCGGAGGAGAUGGAGAAGGAGGUCCGAAAACUACAGAAGCAGAAUGAACUCGUCACCAAGAAACUGUCCUCCAUGAGGAUCCUAGAAGAGAAGGUGGAGGGGCUGGAGAAAGAGAACGGGAAACUGGAAAGUGAAAACAGGAUAUUUAAGAAGUCUCUGGACACGAUGCAGAACGUCUCCAUCCGACUGGAGGUUCUGGAGAACGAGAACAAGCAGCUGGAUGAGGAGAACCUGGAGCUGAGGAGAGCGGUGGAGGCCAUGAGGUUCUCCUGUGCCAGGAUCACCCAGAUGGAGAGAGAGAACAGCGAGCUCCAGAAGGAGAAGGAAGACCUGCAGAAGAACGUGGAAGUGCUGAAGGCCCUUGGGAAGAAGUCCGAGCGUCUGGAAGUGACUUACCAAGGCCUCAGCGAGGAAAACUGGAGGCUACAGCAGAUGGUGGAGGCCGGAAAUAAGAAGGUGAAUGAGCUGGAAGCAGAGCUGAAGGAAACCGAGAGAGAAAACAAAGAACUGCAGAAGACCUCGGAGGAGAUGAAGAUCAAUAGUAAGAGGCUGGAACGUCUGGAGCAAGAGAAGAUGGUGAUGGAGCAGGAGAUGACCCAACUGGAGAAAGACAAGAAGAUGCUGGAGAAGGAUUCCAAGAGGCUGUGGCAGCAGGUGGAGCUGAAGGACGCCAUAUUGGAUGAUAACACGGUCAAGCUGGCCGACCUGGAGAAGGAGAACAAGACGCUGGAGAAGGAGGUCUCUAAGCUGAGGGAGAUGUCUUCUAGAACCCGAGAACUGGAGAAGGAAAAUAAGGACUUGGUGCAGCAACUGACGGUGGAUAAGAGGACGCUGGCCACACUACGAGAGGAUCUGGUCUUGGAAAAGUUGAAAACUCAACAGAUGUCGAGCGAGUUGGACAAACUGAGCCUGGAGCUGGAGAAGAUCGGGCUAAACAAAGAGUUAAUGCUGCAAGACGAGAACAGCAAUGCCGAAAAGAAAUACAAGGUUCUGGAGAGUAAAAUUGAAUCAACACUAAAGACGACUUUGGCUGUAAAAGAAAGUAAAAUUCUGUCCCUGGAGGGUCAGGUGGACGAGGUCCGGAGUCUGAACCAGCAGCUGCAGAAUGAGCUGAACUCGCUGAAACAAAACUUUGAGAUGAAAAAUGUGAAUGUAGAUCAGACGGUGCAGAACUCCCGCGGUAGGAGCGGCCGUAACAUCCACAACACGGAGACCCUGGAGAACGGGCAACCGGAGAGCAUGCGGGAGCUGUGGAGGGUGAAGGACCGCGCCAUCGAGCUGGAACGGGAUAACGCGGCGCUGCAAGCGGAGAAGAAGCUGACGAAAGACCAACUGCGCCAUCUGGAAACGCAGAACCAUUCCCUCAAUAACCAGAUGGGGGCGCUGCAGAAACAGAUCACUUUCCUGCAAGAAAACAAUACCGCUCUGCAGACGCAGACGGCAAAUCUGCAGGUGGAGAGUUCUGCAGCUGCUUCCCAAAACGCUUCCUUAAAAUCGCAGAUCUCCCAGCUGCAGAACCAGCUGAGCAUCCUAGAGGGCGAGAACGAGAAGGUGGCGCGCCAGCGGGAAGAGGCCACCGCCAGCCAUGACGCGCUGCUCCGGGACCACGAUCACCUGGUGUCCCUGUACGAACGUCAGUCUGCGGAGUACGAGGGGCUCAUCGGGCAGCACAGCGCGCUGAAGGCGCAGCACAAGAGCCUGGAGCAGACGCAACGCAGCAUGGAGGACAGCUACAACAACCUGCUGCGCCAUAAGGCAGAGCUGGAGGAACGGGACAAAGCACUGAACAGUGAGAAUGAAGAAUUACAUCAGGAAAAGAAGAAGAAUGUCCUGUCCGCGAGUGAGAACGAGAAGCUACGAGAAGAGCUGGAGAGACUGAAGUUCCUGCACAAUGAGCUCCAGGGCGAAUACAACUCUUUACACAAACACACGAAGGACAUGAAGGGUUCGCUAAACAACGCCCAGAUGGAGCUGAACCGAUGGCAGGCCAAGUUCGAUGAGUUAAAGGAGCAGCACCAGACCAUGGACAUUACUCUGACCAAGCUGGACAACCGCUGUGAGCUGAUGAGCCGCCUGAAGCGUAACCUGGAGGAGGAGAACCAUCACCUCCUGAGCCAGAUCCAGAUGCUGAACCAGCAGAACCAGAUGUUACUGGAGUCCAGUAUGGAGAGUAAAGAGCACUACUACGAGGAGCAGAAACAGUACAUAGAUAAAUUAAAUGACCUGAGACGACAGAAGGAGAAGCUGGAGGAGAAGAUAAUGGACCAGUAUAAGUUCUAUGACCCCGCGCCAAAGAAGAAGAAUCACUGGUCCGGCGCUCGAGCUCUGGCCAAACUCAUCAAACCCAGGAAAGAAAGUUCCAGAGAGAGACCCAAGUCUGUGGGCGACGUUGCCAACCAAACGGCGGAGAACCUGGAGAUGGCGGCAUCACCGUCUGUUUCGCGGCCGCUGCGAGUCCAGCACGAGAAUACGGAUAACUGUUCCCUGGCAUCUGACGAGAAAGACUCAGCAAGAACCUUCAGCAAUAAAGUCUUGGUCGAUGUUGGUCACAAGCAGAAUCGGAUGUCUUAUCAUGGCGAGGAGAUGGAGGGCUCGGAGCGGGCUUCUCGUCCCCGGAGGAUAGGUCCGGCGUCCCGAGCCUUCUCCACGUCUGCGAUCCACCUGAGCCCCGCGGCGAGUCUGAGGUCACAGCAUCCGGGGAGAGCGAAAGGUUACAAUUCUGAGGAUAACGUCUUUGACCAGUUACCGGAUACAGAGCUCGGCCCCGGAGGACUUCGUGUCCCUCGGCCCAACAAUCUGGAUAACAACAGAAACGCGUCCACCACCAGCUCGCCGCUGACCCUGAAAAGUAGACCAGACAGUAUGAGCAGCGAUGAUUUCAUCCCCACCAAGGAGGCUGCCCUGUUACCUAGAGAAAGUUACGUCAGUCGGACCGGCUCCGGCAGUAAACUGGAAGUAACUGCUAACAGAACCAGUCUGGUGUCCAACAACAACCCUGAGUGGAGGCCCCCGAGCCGUGCGCAACCAAGACCGCGGUCCGGCUCUCCGGGGAGCGAGAUGGUGACCUUAGAAGAAUUUCUGGAGGAGAGUAAUGAGAAGUCCCCAUCCAAUCACCGGCACAGUGUCAUUGACAGCGAGCUCAUCACCCUGCAGGAGUUUCUAUUAGAGGCCGAUUCCCUACACGCUUCUUCCCUUUCCCCUUCUCCCACGCUUCACCACAAGGAGCCUUCAGAGUCGUCGUCAGGAACCUCGUCGCCAUCUCUUGAGAACGGCGCAUGGAGGCAACGCGCAGCAGACCGGAGAGCGACCUCGCUGUAUAUCCUCAGGGACACGUCGAGCGGUCGGGAGGAUUUGUUGGGCGAUUAUAUUAGGAAGACCAGCGACUCUUCUGACUUCGGGGGUCCGACGGUCCAGGCUGGUUAUAGAGACUUUCAGUCUACACCGGCAAUUUAUGGAAACCUAUCAGCCAAAUUACCUGGAGGAGAUAUCAAAGAUGGCAGGCCCGGCCAAUACGUCAAACCCAACCUGCGACCGACUGAUCCGGUGACUAACCCGUCGGCUUCACUCAGGCGACCUCAAAUGCAGCAGCCGGUCAACAGCACUAAGCAGGUUCCUGAGCCACAGCACCCGGGGCCCCUGGCUGCUAGGGCCAAUUCCUUAAACAGGGCUUUCAGCCUGGCCACUGCAGACUUACUAAAAGCCAAUGGUCCAGACCUGAACCGUAUGGACAAACCAGAGCUGGAAACACCUAUGUUAAAGGACUUUGGUAGUCACAUCUUAAGAACAUCUACACCGACAGGCUUCCCUAGAGACAGACCCCAACCCGCCAGGGUGUCCAACCCACCAAAGAGCGACGACUUUCGCACGCGGUCGCUAGAUACUAGACGCCUUUCGCUGGCCGUCUCCAGAGAAGACAAGACACUACAACCCGCCCUAUCCACCAGCUCCUUACAGCAGCCUUACACUUCUCCCCAGACUUCCGGAAGAGGCCGGCCCAGGCCCAUCUCCCGCUUUGGAGAAGUGGCCAUGGUUUCACCAGUUAGGCCGAUAUCCAGCAUUCCCGAGGUGGAAGGUCAGACGGGAGCUGCUAACCCUAAAUCGCCAAGCCCAUCUCCCGACUGCCUCCCCCCACCGAGUGCUGAAGACGACUCUAACGCAACCUCGCCCAAAAGUACUCCCGCCUCUCCGGACCCCAAUGCCGACCCACAGACAGUUUGGUACGAGUACGGUUGCGUCUGAGUAAAUGCUGGUUUUCUGGGGUGUCGCCUCAUAAAAUGGGAAACUAUCGCUACGGGCUGGAAGUUGAGCAUAAAACACUUUUUUUGUGAUUGCAACUGAACACAAGUAUGUAGGAUUUAUUCUAGUGCCUAUGUAGAUUCUAUUGGUCCCUACGUUUUAUCAAUCACCCAAAUCAGACUAACCUAAUUUUACUAUUAGUGAUGGACUCUCAAUGUGCAACGUAAUCAUUCCCUGAGCUUCCUAGAGUCAUUACCCGCUGCUUGUAAAGUGGGAUGCAAAGUUGUCAGCUGGUACGGUUAGGCCAUGUUCACACAGCAAAAUGCCACACAAAUUCUGCCAAAAUUGCAGCAGAAUUUCUUUGUCCUCUAAAUACAGAAUUCUGUCGAAAUUCAAGCCCCGUCGAGUUCAAUGGGAUUCCGCCUGCAAUUCUACAAAAUUGAAAGACAUUGUGUGAAUGGGACAGCGGAAUCCUAUUGAAGUAAGGUCCCUUUCACACUGACGUUGUGCCCCGUCAGAGAACGUCCGUCAGGCACUUUUUUUUUGUGCCUUAACGCACGUUGUUUUUGAUGGGAAACAACGGGUCCCGAUAAAUCCCAUUUACUAUUAUGGGGUCCGUCGUUUUUUUUCACAGGAGAAGUGGGAGGAAAAAUGUUGCACAAUGUAUUUUUCCUCUCGCUAUUCUCCCCGUCUUCCCCGAUGGACGUCACACUGCUGUGUCCAAACGGCAGUGUGAAAGAAGCCUAAAAUUUCAGCAGAAUUUCCAAGUUGCAGCAAAGUCCCAUUGAGUUCAAUGGGAUUCUUCUGUACUGUGGACACUGCGGGUGUUCCUGCCACGGACAUGUCUAUUCACUCGGCAAUGCAUUGAUGCCUAUGAGACGGCACAUUUCCGAGUGCUCUUUGGCGCCCGCCAGAACUUUUAAAUGUGUGAAAAUGUCCGCCUGUGUUUUCCAGGCCCACAUUCUGCACAUUUUUGCCCAUGUGAACAUGGCCUUAGCCUUCCUAUUAAAGGGGUCUUCCUCUAAUUUAUUCCCUAUUUCUUUACUAUUGAGUGUAUAGCCGUGAACUGUGGAGCUCCAGAUGUUGCAAAACUACAACUACUACCAUCUCCGGGCAUGCUGGGAGUUGUAGUAUUGCAACAUUUGCUAGUCCACACCGCUAUAUAUGUUCUCAUUUCUGCGCUCUGCAUUGCACUUUCUCCAUCUCUUUUCUCGCUUAGCGGUAAUGUACAGCCGAUCGUCUAUUAUACAGAUAUUAAUUCAUCAGAUUCACAUAUAGAUUUUUUUUUACUAUUGAUAAAUGAUUCUGCUUUAUUGUUUAAUUUAUUGAUCUGAUUGACUACUGAAUAUUUAGAAGCACAAGGACUAGCUGGACUGUACGGGAAGCCGCGUCUUGUAUAGGCGGUCAUCGUGUUUGGAGGAAUGUGGCGCUAACACUGGAGUCUAUAGACCUGUAAUAAAAUAUUGGGGGACUGUUUACUGAACGGAGGGUCCCAUGAUAUGUCAGGAAUAUUUUGGGGUCCUUUACUACUGUAUAAAUGCAAUUCUUCUGUUAUGGUGAUAUGUAUGUAAGCCUUUAGGGCUGUGUUCCCCAGCUUGUUGCAAAACUACAACUCCCAGCAUGCCCCGACAGCUGCAAGUUGUCGGGGCAUGCUGGGAGUUGUAGUUUUGCUACAGAUAAAAUGCCACAGGUUGGAGAGUACUCAUGAUGUGAGCCCUUUAUAUCAGUAUUUCCCAACCAGUGUGCCUCCAGCUGUUGCAAAACUACAACUUCCAGCAUGCACCCACAGCCAACGGCUGCACUGGUUGGGAAAACACUGCUCUAUAUGCUGCUGAACGGCUCAUAUGAUGUAAGAUGAUGUUGUCCAAUGAAAUGUUAGACUUUAGAAACUUCAAAGAAUGUUGAGAAAAUUUUCAUUCCCUUUCGUCCCUCGGUGGCACACAAAGGGUUAAAAUAUAUAUUUUUUCUGCUGGGCAGAAGAUAUGAUCACCGAUUAGAAUGAAUUAAUCAAUAAACUAAUGAAACCUGGCUAUGGUUAUGAUACGAAUGGUUAUGAGUAAACGAAUAUGGGGUGGGGGGGGAUAGAGAAUCAACUGGAAUGAUUACGGCUCGGGGGAUUAAUGUGAUGUCAUGCAUAUAUAAUUAAUUACGCAAAUUAGAAUGGCAGGUAUUUUUGGGCGAGAAAGGUGGCAAUCCCAGUGGCCCCCCAUGAUCAACUCUUACCUGGGGUCCCCAUGAGUUGUCAAUCCACCCCUUCCCCCUGCUGUGAACCUCACUGCCAGACUCUGGAGGCUGAGGGGUUAAUUUGCUGACGCUGGUACGUGAUACGACGUGUCUGGACAUGGGCGGAGCUUCCAGUGAUGUCACGCAUAUAUAAUUAUAGAAAUUGGCAUGGCCGGUAUUUUAUUUAUUUUUAUUUCAUUACCUCCUAUGGAUAUGGGGGAAAAAACACUUUUUUUUUUCCUUCUUGUGCAAAGGAAAAGUUGCCGAUAGCAACAAAUCAGAUCGCUUCUUUCAUUUUGCAGAGGCCAUAUUAAAAAUGAAAGCAGCGAUGUGAUUGGUUGCUAUGGGCAACUUUUCCUCUGGACAGGUUCUGAUAAAUCUCCCCCUAUGAUCUUCCUCCUGGAAUUCUGUUGACACAGCUUAGCUGAACCCAUGGAUACUUUUUUACUAUUAGGGACAAGAUUUAUAAGCACCGACACUGCCUGUGGAAUCCAAUGGUUUUUUUUCACCCCGGCGCAUGUUACUUCCCAGAGUUUCUGGUGAAGCGCAUGCCGGCAGUAGUGGGUAGGUAUUUUAAAGGGGUACUCUGCCGCUACCCCCGCAAUCUCAGCAGCGACACCCCGGACAUCCGGUGCACGGAGCGAACUUCACUCCACGACAGGUGAUUGGCGAUGCGGGGCGGAGGCUCGUGAUGUCACGGCCACACCCUGCUUGUGAUGUCACAGUCACGCCCCCUCAAUGCAAGUCUAUGGGAGGGAGUGUGACUGCCGUCACGCCCCUCCCAUAGACUUGCAUUGAGGGGGUAUGGCCGUAAUGUCACGAGCCUCCGGCGCUCUAAUCUAAGGCCGGGUGCAGCAGGGAUAUCAUGGGGGUCCCCAGAGGCAGGACCCCCACGAUCAGACAUCUUAUCCCCUAUACUUUUGAUAGGGGAUAAGAUGUCUAGGGGCAGAGUACCCCUUUAAUUCCUCAAUUAAAUCCGUGAAGAAAACUGUCGAGGGUGAGCCUAGAGAAGAGAAUCUACCUAAAAAAGUUUUUUAUUUUCCUCAGUCUAGUCACCAUUCUCACCCUGGUCAACCUCUCUUGGAGUCUCAUUAAAUCAGAAUGGCAGAAGAAUGAGAGAAAAAUCGGACAUGGGGUCCAGAUUUAAGUUUGCCUACAGAAUGGAUCUGGGGUGCUCAGAGAUUUGGCAUGCCCUUCCUAAAGUCUAUCAAAAAGUGUCGAGACUUUCCAAAAAGUCUGUUGAUGACUGAUGACUCCUCUCUGCUCAAAUAUCAGAUGGAUAGGAGGGCUGAGGGAUUCCUCAAAAGGGGUUAUGCUGCCGCUGCUUCGACCUUGUAAAGCCUCAGUUGUGUCGUUGCGGGUUGGUCAAGCUCUCCGGAUAUGGCUUUCCAGUGCCAAGGGAAGAGAUUUUGCGUGAUCUUAUGAGCAAUAAGAAAGGGUUGUUCUUUCCAACUUCUAAGAAGCCGAAAUUCCGUCUGGGAAGAAGACCGUUUAGAGCAUCUUCACAGCACAGGAGGUUCAUUGCUCAGAAGAACAGACAGCAGCAUCAGUCUCGGCCUCAAUCUUCUUCAUACAAAAAGAAAUCUCCUCAGGGCGUUGACAAUUCUAAAGGUUUUUAAUGCCAACUCUUCGGCGCCAGGGUUUCCCUUUCUGUCUCAGCCUGGUAUCAAACAUCCUCUGAUUCGUGGGUAAAGUCUGUAAUUUCAAGAGGCUACGAAGCUUCCCUCAAACAAGUUUUCCUCAACAGAGGGGGUGCUCAAAUUAGUCUGUUCAUUUCGGGAAUUCCUUCAAAAAGGAGAUCUGGAACCAUUCCAGGCCGCCAAAGAGGUUCUGGAGUGUACUCCAGAGUCUUCGCAGUUCCCAAAAAAGAAGGGUCAUGGAGACUCGUUAUAGACUUGACUUCCCUGAACAAGUUUAUUGUAAAAUAAAAAAAUAAAAAAAGGGUUUCAAAAUGGAAUUCAUCAGGUCAGUCCUGGCUCUGCUAGAAAAAGGCGAUUGGAUGCCUACCUUCACAUCCCAAUCCUCAGGUCUCACAGGAGAUUCUGCUCAUCUCAGGAAAGUUAUGCAUUCCCAUUUACCUGUCUCCCCUUUGGCCUCUCAUCCGCUCCUCGAGUAUUCACAAAGGUGUCUGUGGUAAUAUUGGCCCAUCUCCGUCUUCAAGGCGUCAAUUUAAUAGCGUACUUACAUGACUGGUUAAUUCUAGCCCACUCAAAAUAGCUUCUUCAUCCAUCUGACAAUCUCUGUCCUGUAAUGGAUUUUUCCUGAAUUUUUUGAAAUCUCACCCGUCUCUGAUAACGCAGGGCAAGUUCCUCGGAUUCAGGAUCGACGCUAUUGCCAUGAGGCUGUUCCUGUCAGAGAACAGACGUCUCAAACUGAAGUCGGAGGUUGUCAGACAUAUGCACAGAGAUUUCGGUCGGGUCUGCCAUGAGUGUCCUAGGCUUGAUAUCUGCUCUGGGUGCAAUUCCAUGGGGGAUAGCGCACAUUAUAGACCCCUGCAGCUCGAUAUCCUUGCCCAGUGGAUCAAAGACCCUGGGGUCUGGACAGGAAUAUGUCCCUGUCUGUUUCCACAAGACAAGAUCUCGCCUGGUGGUUGCGACCAGACAAGGUGGAUCUAGAAGAUCUCUAUGCAGUUCACAUUCGGGGCUCCCUGAAUUCUCAAGCAGACUUCCUCAGCAGGAAGAAGCUCAAUCUGGCAGAAUGGCAUCUGAAUAACAGAGUCUUUCUUCAGAUUGUCAAGAAGUUCGGAGAACAAGAGAUGGAUGUGAUGGCAACAAGGAUGAAUCGGAAACUUCAUCUAUUCUGCUCCUUUGUUGCCCAAGAUCAAGGAAGAACAUGCCAAAGUCUUGGCACCUCUGCCUUUUGGGCCAAGGAGGGCUUUGUUCCAACUCUCAUUAAAUCUUUCGAAAGGCUGUCUCUGGGGAUUACCUCUCCUUCCGGACCUUGUUCUUCAGGAAGGACUGAGCCAUCCAACACUACACAAAUUACAGCUUGGCUUCUUAAAGGAUGAUUCUCACUCUCAAGGUUUCUCAAAAGAUGUUAUUAAUCUGCUUGCUGCAUCAAGGAAACCGUCUACACUCAAAGUGUAUUCCAGAGUUAUGAAGGUGUUUCGCUCCUGGUGGAUCAGUCACCAAGCCGAGGCCCCUUCUCUUACACAUGUUCUGGAAUUUUUUUAAAGAGGGUUUUGAUAAGGGGCUCAAGCCUAAUACACUAUGGGUUUAGUUUUCAGCUAAUAAUAACUUCCUCCUAAGGUUAACAGAUUUUUUAUUUAAAGUGAUGGCACGAGCGGGGAGUAACCGUGACAUCACGAGCCUCCAGAGCUGCACCCGACGCUCUAAACGAAUGUCGGGGGCAGCAGGGAGAUCACGGGGGUCCCCAGCGGCGGCCCCCCCCCCCCCACGAUCAGACAUCUUAUCAGUUAUCCUUUGGAUAACUCCUAGGGGCGGAGUACCCCUUUAAGGAUGUUAUCAAUUUGUGUUAUUCUAUUCAUGGUGAAGAUUGUCCGGUUGGUGUUCAUGUGCAUUCCCUCAGAGCUAUGUUGACAUCCAGGGCAAAUCUGGCUCAAGUUUCUCUGGAUGAAAUAUGCCGAGCAGCUACUUGGUCCUCUCCGGCCACUAUCAUUAACCAUUACAAGUUGGAUCUUAUAGCUAGCAAGGAGGUGUCCUUUGGCAGACAUGUGCUGGAUCUAAUCCCUCCCUUUGCAUAUCCCUUUGUGUGCCGCCAAGGAACCAAAUGGAAGGUUAAAAUUAACUUACCGAAAAUUUUUCUUUCCAUGAGUCCCAAGGCGGCACAAAUUCCCUCCCUAUUAAACUUUGUUUAUUGCUGCUGUUUUUUUUCCCAUAGGAGGUGCCUAGCCGGGUUUCAUUAGUUUAUUGAUUAAUUUGUUAAUUAAUUCUAAUUGGUGAUCAUAUCUUCUGUACAGUAGGAAAAAAAAAGAAAUAUAUUAACCCGUUGUGUGCCGCCUUGGGACUCAUGAAAAGAAAAAGUUUUGGUAAGUAAAUUUUAACCCUAUACAGUCUAAUUCCUUUAAUCUGGCAUCAGCACUGCCCAAUAAGUGCUGGAUUAUCAUAUAUUCUAUUGAUGUCAUGGCAGCACAUGACUAUUCCCCGAUACGAAUGCUCAGUUUCCCGCUUCCGCAUUACAGGUCUGUGCUGCAACCAAGUGCCAGAAUUUUAGAUGCUGCAAGAAAGGAAAUCACUGGAUAUAAAACUUUGUUACUACUGAGAAUUCUGAAGUAAUAGUUGUCUAUUUCCCUCAUACAUGAAGGGGGGCACAUCAUUUUUGAUGCACCUCUGUUGGCGGCAUCGUGCAUGCCCCUGAUUGGUUCUGGACAUUCGUGCACUUUGUGAUGGCGCCGCCGCUAUGUACAUACAAUGUAUAUGACUGUAUAGUUUUUCUUCUGUAUAUAAGUGUCUCUAAUUUCAGUAAUUCACGAUCCCACAACGUGAUCAGCCCCAGCCAAACCUCAAUGUAAACAGUGGUGCUAUGUACGGCCAUAUUGUAUCGUGAGGAGCAUUGCAGUGGUUUUAUUACAAUGUGAUUCUCCUACUGAUGCCGUUCGCCAAUCAAUCAUUGUACGUUCCAGAUUCCAUCCUGUCCGUGUUUUCUCUUGUAAUAAAUGUGCGCUUUUCAGCGA